GAAUCUUAAUUUUAUCAUAAAGCCAAACAGCUGAAUGUGGCCUUUCAGUCUCUUCAAAACUGUUGGCUCUGUCUAUCCCGCAAGGGAUACAGACGUGACUAUAUGAAUGUUUUGUAAGUGAUAGUGAGAGUAACAAGCAGUGAUAUAGAUAGGUAUGUAUUUGAAAUAAAACUCCUACCCGAACAAUGGUUAAAUAACAAGGAACGGUUCAAAAAAUAUUGUGGGGAGCAAAAAAAAUGAAUCGUGCACGCGGAGCGGAGCAGGUGACGCGGCGCGCGGCGGGUGUGUCGGCGGCGGGCCGCUCCGGGCGGGGGCAGCCGCUCAGUCCGCCGCGCGAGCCCGCCGCCGCGCACCGCCCGCCUCGGCAUGGAGCACUUCAUCGAGACCGUCCGCAAGUACCCCUGUCUCUGGAACACGACCACCAUCGAGUAUCGGGAUCUGGAAUUGAAGGACGCGGCCUGGGCCGAAGUAAUGAAGGAGACGGAGCUGUCGUCAGUAAAAGAAGUCAAGCUGAAAUGGAAGAAACUCCGUGACUGCUACAGAGAUGCUCUGAAGCGGCAGAGCGACAUGCUGACGAAGGAUCCCAACAGCGCCCGGAAGGCUUACACCUGGAAAUACAUGGAGCUGAUGCAAUUCUUACAGCCAUACAUGAACAACCGCAAGAAACCGCCAGAGACGUACGCGCCGCCCCCCGCGCAAGAAAACGGAACGCAGAAUGGUGUCGAUCCUUCAUCAGAUUCUUCGGAGUCCGACGCGGAAUCCUCGCCGAAGAGGAAGAGCUGCGAGAGAAGCGAACGGAGUGUGUCUCGACCUGACGUGCACGCUAAACGCCCCUGCCCGGAGGCGCAGUACCCCGAACGGAAGCGGAAGCCGCCGCCGGCGCCGGCGUUGCCCGACCCGCUGGAUAUAUUUUUCAAUAGUAUGUGUCAGUCCACGAAGCGGUUACCGUUCCCGACACAAAUUAAGAUUAAGAAAACCCUUUUCGCUGCUGUGAUCGGGGCCGAGGAGGCGCUGGUGGCGGAGCAGCAGAGCUACGCCAGCCUGUGGGCGCGCGCCAGCCGCAGCAGCAGCAGCAGCGAGGAGGAGGAGGACCAGAAGCCGCCGCCGCCGCCCAACUGAUCGCCGGCCGUCCCAGUUUCCUGGAACGUUGACAACCCCUUGAGCCAGUACUUCAGAUACUUAUACGAAUGCAGUUUUUAUUGUACUAGUGACAAUUAGUUAGAAUAUAAAAAUAUUGGAACAUAACUAGUUUCUUAGGAAAACGAAAAUCAAUGUCAACGUUAAGCCGACCAGAAGCUGAUUGCAGUUAUUUUUUAAACUGAUUUGAUCUCCCGCAAAUUAAAAUUCUAGGUUAAGAAUAUCUUAUUAAAAAAAUAUAUUAAAAGACUUUAAGUACCUACUAUAAAUCAUUGACUUAAAGUGGUUUUCUCUAUGUUGACCACUGUAUAUGUAUGUAUGGAUAUACAGUGGCCCACAUAAAGUAAACCACUGCACAGUACUGCAGCAAAUAAAUAAAAAAAAUCUAUGUGUAUAUGCUGCAGUUAUACUUUUCUAUGUGACCCACUGUAACAUUAAACUUUUUGAAAUAAGUAUAA